GGCCCUUCUACCAGCAGUGCGCUGACAUUCCAUUAAUAGCACGCUAUGCAAUCAGAUAUAAAGCCAUUCAAUCAUCCCGGAAGAUGUUGGCUGGCUCAUGUUUGACCUCUUUCGUCUGUACAUCACUUACUCGUCAGACUCAUUCCCCUUUGAGUGGCUGCAAAAGACAGAAGACCUCAAGCUGCAUUGUAUGGACAGCACCAGAGAGAAGAUUACUUUUUCAACAACUCCAGAGCUUCUACAAGUCAUCCACAAAUGUGAGAGAGUUACUUGCACCAGAGAAAGCUCAGGGCCUCCCAAGUGACUGGGGUUUCUCUGGCUUCAUUAAGACUGCCGCUCAUCAGGUUCUUGAUGAGAUUCCUUUCAUGAAGGCUGAAGAGUUUCAUGGCCCACUUUUUCGCAGGCUGGGCAUCGGCAUCAUAAUCAAUUCCCACCCCUGUAUUAAGGGGGAACAGAUCUUCCAUCUUUGUCAUAACCACUGGAGCUGCAUAAUUCGGGAUCUCUCAAGCACAUUCAACACAAAACCACAAGAAAAUCAUAGAGAUUAUCUUCUGAAAAGUGAACUACUGGCAGUCACCUCAAUCUUUUACCAUCAGAUGAAUGAGAUGGAGUGGCUUUCUGAGGAGGGCCGGUAUAUGCCUAAGCUCAUAUACAAGGAAGGUUUCUUGAUAGUAUGUUCACCUCCUCUUGUCUUUGUACCUCCUUACCUGCAACCCAUCGGAAAUGUACCCAACACUCACCUUGACACUGAGGGCUAUAUACAACCUUAGCAAGGACAAUUAUGACAAGAAGGUAGCCUUUGAUAUUCUGAAAUGGAUUUUCUCUCCUUCUGAUCCCGCCAGGGAGCUCGCUAUGAGAGGAAAGCGGUAGUGGAUUUAGUUAGCAGGCGUGAAAUGUGAGAGGUAAUAUUUUCCGGAGCUUUGCUGGUACAAGACUGGGUGAAUGCCUAGAGAGAGUUUGCGGCUUUGAGCGUUGUGCGACGGAUUUGAAUUUUGGCGGAGCGUACAACAGCAGUAACCAAAUGUCAUAGCAGCUUGGUAACUGGGUGGUAAAUAAAUGGAAUAGUGUUGAAUCAUGGAGCGAAUUUUGAAAAGGACUCUGAAGUUAUAUUAAACAGGGAUAUGAAUAAUGAAACAGGUGUUAUAUCCCAGCUUUUUUCAUUGAACAACGCGAUGAACGAUUCUAUUCAAAACCACACAGCCCGACUGAUACACCAGCACUUCGAAAGUGACCUGCCGCACUCUCUUUUCUCGCACCGACAAUAUCAACACAUUGAAGGAAAACACCAAAGCCCUGGCGAGGGUCCGCUUCAUAUAAUGACCAGCUCUUCUUAAUAUAAGCCUUU